AUGAAUAGGAUGAAGGCUCUUCUUUUCGCACUUGUCCGCAACUUUGAGUUCAAAUUGAACGUUCCAUUAGACGAUUUGGAUCAAAAGACGACGAUUGUGGCUCGACCUUCUGUCAAAUCUCAACCACAAAUGGGGAGUCAAUUGCCCAUGCUCAUCAAGCGAAUCAAGUAG